CGGCUACUUGCUGGCAAUAUCAAGCUCUACACCGUCGAACUUGUGUCAUUAUAUUCACCAUGCUUUCUCAGAAGGUUGCUCAGCAAUCGCUGCGGCGACUUGCCGUCCAGCAGCCCUAUGCAAUGCGCUGGUCGUUGAUGAACUCCGCAUCCCCCGCGGCUGUCGCUAUGGGACGGUUUAUGCAGACCCGGCAAACUGCCUCUACCUCGAACACCUCUGAUCCCACCAAAAUCCUUGCGCAGCAGCGUCUGAACCGCCCUGUUUCUCCUCAUCUUUCCAUCUACCGCCCCCAGAUCACUUGGAUCGGUAGUAGUUUGCACCGUAUCUCCGGAGUCGCCCUGUCCGGUUCCCUGUAUCUUUACGCGACCGCAUACCUUGCCUCGCCAUUGCUCGGUUGGCAUUUGGAGUCUGCCUCCGUGGCUGCUGCUUUCGCUGCUCUUCCUAUUGUUGCCAAGGUUCUCCUCAAGACCACCUUGGCGCUCCCCUUCACCUACCACUGCAUGAACGGAGUGCGUCACUUGGUUUGGGAUCUUGGUAGGGGAAUUACCAACCAGCAGGUCAUCAAGUCUGGCUGGACUGUGGUGGGCCUGAGCAUCUUCAGCGCCCUUGCGCUUGCUUUUCUGUGAUUUUCUUGUGCCAUACCUUUUAAGCUGACCUUGUUUCGCUAAAACUGUUUUCUUGUGCAUUAUAUCUUAUACCAGCCUCAAUCCAGGCUGAUUCUUGAAUCUUAUGAUCAUCUUUUUAGA